AUGGGCACUACCCUUAUUCGUUUCAUGUCACUCAUCGUCGCCACCCUCCUAUUAUUCCCCUCGUCGUCGUUGUCGCUGACCACCGACGAGGCGGCCGCCAUUGCCCACCCUCAGCUGGCCGCCUUCGAGGAGCAGCCGCACCCGAACGACCACGUCCACAUCGACAUCGCCAUCGACAUCAAGAUCAACAACCCGCGCCUCCUGGUGGCGCACAGGGCGCUGCACGCGCUGAAGCAGGCGCUCUACUCCGACCCAAACAACUUCACCGGCAACUGGGUCGGCCCCGACGUGUGCGCCUACAACGGCGUCUCCUGCGUGCCGUCGCUGCACAACGCGUCGGAGAGCGCCGUGGCGUCGCUCGACAUGAACGCCGCCGACGUCGCGGGCCACCUGCCCAAGGAGAUCGGCCUCAUGUCCGACCUCGCCGUGCUCCACCUCAACUCCAACCGCUUCUGCGGGGUCAUCCCGGAGGAGAUCACGAACAUGACGGAGCUCUACGAGCUCGACGCCAGCAACAACCGCUUCGUGGGUCCUUUCCCCGCCGCCGUGCUCGGCGUCCGCAAGCUCAGCUACCUCGACAUCCGGUUCAACGACUUCGACGGCCCCAUCCCGCCGGAGCUCUUCCUCAAGCCCUACGACGCCAUCUUCCUCAACAACAACCGGUUCACUUCUGGCAUCCCGGAGACCAUCGGCAAGACGAAGGCGACGGUGAUCGUGCUCGCCAACAACCAGCUCGGCGGCUGCAUCCCCCGGAGCAUCGGCGAGGCCGCCGCCACGCUGGACCAGUUCAUCUUCAUCAACAACAGCAUCACUGGUUGCCUGCCUGUCGAAACGGGGCUCCUCACCAAUGCCACGGUGUUCGACGUGAGCGACAACGCUCUCACAGGCUCGAUCCCGCCGACGCUGGCAGGGUUGUCCAAGGUCGAGCAGCUGGACCUGUCGCGUAACAGGUUCACCGGAGAUGUGCCCAGUGGUGUCUGCAAGCUGCCGGCGUUGGCGAACCUCUCGGUCUCAUACAACUUCUUCACGAGCGAGGCCGCCGAGUGCAGCAGCACAGCGGACGACGGGAAGUCGUUUCAUGACGAUGGAAACUGCAUGGGACAAUCAAGGCCCAUGCAGAGGGGUGCAGAUGAGUCUGGUUUCGGUGAAGAUGUCAACAACUUGAUUGGCGGUGGAUAUCAAUUUUUCUUCUAG